CGUUUGUCUACAUCCGGUGUCUUCGAACCUUUCACGAGCAGCAAAGACAGACGAGCAGCGAAGAAUGGAGAGAGCCGCUAACGAGGCUCCUCCGUCAGCGUAAAGCAUCAGCAACAACAAGUCACACCGACAAGCUCCGGUUAAGACCCGGGAAUCAGCCUAUAACCAGCGGGACGAACACCCGAGCCGUGUCCCGGUCCUCUGGAUUAAUCACAGCGAAGGUCACCCACCUUCUCCUUCCUGUGACAAAUGCUGAGAACAGAGAUCAGCCUCUUCAACAGCUGUUAGAGGUUACAGGGUGAGGACAGGGAGGAGUGUCGGUUAGCUGUGCCAGGUCGUGUCUCAUGAGAGUGACUGUGCCAUCCAGGCACUGCCAGUGACCAGGGCUGUGGCUGUGGUGGGCCCGGCCCAGGAGGCCUUUCUGUACAUCACUCCUGGCUCCCGCUGACCUGUUCUGCUCACACCAUGGAUCAACAGAGAGAUAAAUAUGGCGAGCGGCCUGCAAGGGCCGCUAAAGUUUCCCAGGGAAGCCGCAGCGGACACUCGUCUCGACCAUCUGGCUCCUCCAGCUCCUCCGGGGUACUCAUGGUGGGGCCCAAUUUUCGUGUGGGCAAGAAGAUCGGCUGUGGAAACUUUGGUGAAUUGAAGCUUGGUAAAAAUCUGUACACCAACGAGUAUGUAGCCAUUAAACUGGAACCAGUCAAGUCGAGGGCGCCACAGUUGCAUCUAGAGUACCGGUUCUACAAAACUCUGGGAACUACAGCUGAAGGAGUUCCCCAGGUGUUUUACUUUGGCCCCUGUGGGAAGUACAACGCCAUGGUUCUGGAGCUGCUGGGCCCGAGUCUAGAGGACCUCUUUGACCUUUGUGACAGGACAUUUUCACUGAAGACUGUUUUAAUGAUUGCAAUUCAGCUGAUUUCUCGAAUGGAGUACGUGCACUCUAAAAACCUCAUCUAUAGAGAUGUCAAACCUGAGAACUUUCUCAUCGGACGGCAAGGGAAUAAAAAGGAACACAUCAUCCACAUCAUUGACUUUGGCCUGGCCAAAGAAUACAUCGACCCCGAGACCAAAAAACACAUUCCAUACCGGGAGCAUAAGAGCUUGACUGGCACUGCUCGAUAUAUGUCCAUCAAUACACAUUUAGGGAAAGAGCAAAGCCGGCGAGAUGACCUGGAGGCCUUGGGCCACAUGUUCAUGUAUUUCCUUCGUGGGAGUCUACCGUGGCAAGGACUGAAGGCCGACACGUUGAAAGAGCGAUACCAAAAGAUCGGAGACACAAAACGAAACACUCCCAUCGAGGUCCUCUGUGAGAACUUCCCAGAGGAGAUGGCCACUUACCUGCGAUAUGUGAGACGGUUGGACUUCUUUGAAAAGCCUGACUAUGAAUAUCUGAGGACUCUGUUCACUGAACUGUUUGAGCGAAAAGGAUACACCUUUGACUACACUUACGACUGGGUUGGCAGGCAGAUACCUACACCAGUGGGGUCUGUUCAUAUAGACUCUGGAGCAUCUGCAGUCACGAGAGAGAGCCAUCCUCACAGAGACCGGCCCUCACAGCAACAACCGAUCAGAAAUCAGACAGCGGUCUCAGAUCGACGAGGAGCAUGGGAGGUGCAGCCCACACGCCAAGCAAACUCCUCCUAUCUGACCUCCCACCUGGCAGCGGACAGGCACGGGGGCUCAGUGCAGGUGGUCAGCUCGACCAAUGGGGAGCUGAACGCAGACGAUCCGCUGGCAGUUCAUUCCAACGCUCCGAUCACGGCUCAGGCAGAGGUGGAAGUGGUCGACGAGGCCAACUGCGUGAAAAUGCUCAACCUGUGGUGCUGCUGCUUCUUCAAGCGAAAACGGAAGAAGAACACGCCGAGGCACAAAUGAUCAUCCACCACCGGCUUGAAACGCUCCAAGUGUCCGGCUCAGUUGAUUGUGAUUUCAGAAAUCAAUAAGGUUCCAUUCAGAGUAAAAGAGGGAGACAACAACGAUCUUGAUUGAAAUGUCCUCUGGAGGGACCCGUUAAAAAUGGUUUGUUGAGAUGUACAAGACGCUUGUGUCUUUUGAUGGGAGUCCUUUUUUUAAGUUUUUCUUUUUGUCAUUUUUUCCCCCUUCUUCUGAGAUCUGUGGGACUGUUAUGCAGGCCAGUUGUCCAAACGGGGAACCUUUUUGUUGGAAUUGUGCAGAGGAUAACCUUGUUUUUGUUUUUCCCCAUCCCAAGACACCCAGCAUUCAUGUUUUCCUCUCCUCUUUUUGGCACAUUUUUUUCUACAGUUUCUCUCCUGUGGUAUUGCAAAGGAAGACCCAGAUCUUCCCUGUGCAGGCUUGCCACCUUCAAACUGUCCCAUACUAUGAUUUUUAUAGUUUGACUCACAAUCAUGUAGUCAUUUCCCUUCCGUCAAGUCCCAGUUCAAAUGGUUCGCCCCCUGGUUAGAUUGCUAACUCAUUGAGACACUUUGGUCUUUCCUGGCGUGGGACUGAAUGUAAGCUUAAACACACAAGGAGCCAACAGUGUCACUGCCUAUCUUCACGUACAGGCACACAAAGAGCAUCAGUCUGCCAUUCUGGCCCCUGCACUUUUUUCCCUCCAAAAAGAGGUGGAGCCUGGCACUGGGACCGGGGCCUGAGAGAAAGACCAGAGACGCCUCCUGCACUGUGUUCUCUGAGGAUGACUUCUGCUCAUGCUGCUUGGUUAAAGCACUCCCACUUAACCACGCUGCUGUCAAACACACUACAGUCUCUGCUGACUCAUGCAGUGUUUUGCUCCUGUUGGCUUUACGAUCAUGAACGGCAACCUGACACUUUUAGAUGGGGCUGGGAAAAAAAUGCUAUUUAUGCUAUUUAUCUCUUGGUUGCCACCAGUUUUCUUACUAAUUCUCAAACAUACACACUGAAUGUAUGGACAGAAGAGUAAAUGACUUUGGAGCAUUUAUAUUAUCUGUCAUGCGCAUGGGAAGGAAAUUGCAGUUAAGGAGUUGAGACCAAUGUUUAGAAAAGGAAAAAAAAGUGAGACCAAAACUAAGUGGAUUAUGAGGUGGGAGGCUCUUAAAUUAUUUUAAUGAUGUGAUGGUUAAUAAUGGAGUCUGCACCAGUACACACUGGGGGAUGUUGCUUUGGAGUGACAAGAGAAACUGGCUGAUGCGCUUUGGAGAUUGAAUCACAGCCUCUCAAAGCUACUGUCCAAUGCCUUAACCCCCCCCCGACCGACCAGUCGACCACCACGCCACAUCACCAGAUGGAAGUUGGCAGAAUGAUGGUUGUGAGAUUCGCAGCGCAAUCUUUGGGGUCACCUGUAUAAUAAAAGCCCAAAGUUGCGGACUGUUCCCAGCUAGCAGUUAAUGACUUCCCUUGUAACGCUGAUGUAUUCGCAAGAGAGCAAUGCCAAAUGGAAGGUUUGGUGUAGUAAUGUGUAAAGGUGUUACGGCGUCCCUGCGUGUCCAGUCUGAAGACCCCUGUGCUGCAAAGCAAUGUUUUAUGUUCAAGAUGGAGAGGAAACCUUAACGGGCAGAUAAGUGAACGUGUCCAUAACCAUUUUGUUUUUAAUGUCGUGUCAUGGAGGACUGCCUUGAAACAAUAUCCUCGAUAUGUCACCUUGCCUAUCCUCCGAACAUAGAGUGAAAUCGUACAUAGGUGUUUUAUUUUUUUAUUUUAUAUUCUUGCUAAUGUGAAUUUUUUUUAAUGCAGUUUUUGUUUUUUAAUUUCCCAUUCCAAAUAGCCAUGGUUUUAUGGGGAAAGAGAGGGUAACAAAAAAAAGCUUGAGACCAUGACUGCACUACAUUUGUUGACCCCGGCUCUCCCUGACGAGACCCUGCCUUCUUAAUACUGUACUUUAAACGUGCUUAUUACUUUAAUUGUAGCUGCCUCGUACGCUAGGCCUCUUCCCUAUAGGGUGCAGGGAAUACACUUUAAAUUGAUUUUUAUCCCCACCUACUCCUUUUUUUUGUGCCAUGACACUUCCCCUUUCCUCUCUGCGCACACGCACGCGCACGCAAGUCCUGGAUGAAUCAGCUCUCAGUGGAGUGUUAGAUUCGGAGUUUUGUGGACCUGCUCUGUCAUCUUUAGAAAUGUUGUAGAUGUUCCAAACUAUCUCGAUGAAUCAGUAUGUAAACCUGCUUGUUGCGUGUAUUUACACUGUAUAGCUUUUGGUUCCUUCUCACCCCCUGAUAUGUCAGUUACUCUGGGGUCUAAGUUAUUGUGUUAAUGAAAGUACUUGAAUAUGAAAAUCUACGGGACCUUUUCUGUUUUGCUUUUUGUUUAUUUUCCCAGUCAUUAUUAUCGUAGUAAUUCCACGCAUAGGAUUUAAGGGGAAUGGGGGGAAAACAGGCUAUUUGAAUGACAGGUAUUCAUUUGUUUGAGAUGUCUUAGUGCCUCUUGAGUGUGUUGGACAGGUGACUCUCGUCAGACUCACCUAUGGACUCUGUGCUAGCUGGUGUGACGUGCAGUUAGAUGUUGGUUUGGAGGUUAAAAUCACUUAUUUUGUCUCAGUGAAACAUUCAUCAUGAUGUAUUUUGAUCCUGUGUUGGUGAAGAACAAAAGAAAACCACCUUCAUCUGCUGCCUGUGAUUCUCCCUACGAAGCAUCAGCAGGCACCUGGAUGGUUUCGUUCCAGCUACCUGAGAACAGUUGAAAGUAUUUCUGUGUAGUGAGAUGGAUAUCCAGACUAUAUAGCCUUCAGUGUUCCCCAUGAAUUCCCCGAGUGCCAUUCCUGAGACUACUACUAGCCCAUGCCUUUUUGCCUGUGCCAGGAAAAUAUGAAGUUGAAUGUUUUUUUUUUUGACCAUUCCACCUAAUGUUCUCGCCAUGUCCACUGUCACUUUUGAAAAAUCGCAGCUCAGUUCAGUACCAGGAAGCAUUGUUGGAGAGGUUCGAGAGCAUCAGGAAGAAGGAACAAAGUCUUCUGAGUCAGUUUCUUUCUUGUAUGAGAAACCAACACCACUUUUAUUGACUGAGAUUGUUUCAGAGUUAGUUGUCAUCUUUGCAACAUCGACUUCUUCCUCACACUGUCAGUCGCCCGGCUUUUUAGCUCAUUGCUGAAAUGGUAGAUAUAGAUGUAUUAAUCUAAUGUAUUUACUUUACUCUCUGGGCCACAUACAGAGCCAUAUAGGAGUACUCUGUGUGCUUUGUAUCUGCAUGGCUUAUCUGGAAAUGACAGCGAGCCGUCUGACUCCAGUGAUUUUUCUCAUCUGUAGGGCUCACGUACUGUUGGGUCAGUGAGACGUUAUGGCUUCCAGUCCUCGUGUAAAAAUAAAAUCCCUCCUCACGUCUUCUCACAGCACAUUCCACUUCAGUUCCCAUUAUUUCUAAUAAACUUCACUUCAGUCAGACUUGUGUUAAUGGCUUUGGUUGUGUGUAACUCACAUUCCUGUGUGUCAAAGCUGUGUAAAUCAAAGCAAAGGACAGUUAAUGUGUGAAUGAACGGCUUCGGUCUUUUUUGGGUUCUCUGGCACUUUUUCCUUGUUGCUGUACUGUAGAAUUGUCUUGGAUUUACUGUAUAUUUUCCUUUGAGGGAGAGGUGUAGGGUGAAAUUUACUGCAAUAUUGUGAUGAUUAUUUGAAAAUUGUAAAUUGUACAGAGUUCACAAUUAUACUCUUUGUUCUUUCUGUUGGGAUUCCAUAUAAAAUAUGUAUUCUUUGAUUAUUUUUUUGUUUCCCUCUCAGACUGUGGAAAAUCAGAUUGUACAGCUCCAGAGUUUAUCCUCCCCUCAGCAUUGUUUUCUUUUUUUCAGAGCUAUGAUUAAGAGAAAUCUUAAGACUGUAAAUAAAUAUUAUUGUGUUGAAAUAUGAAUGUCACUUCAGAAAUGUAUUUGAAUGAGUUAGUCAAGGGCUUCAGAAUGAAGGACCCACAUUUCUUUUAUGGUUUCAGAUUUUUAAUUUACAGAAAGGUAAAAGGUCCUUUUUUAUCUGAGAUGCCUGUUUUUUUUUUCUUUUUCCUCCUUGGAUUCAUAUGAAUACAAUGUUUCACACAUGAACCUUAUAAAAUCACUUUUUAUUCCCUCCACACCUAAAGGGAAACUCCAGUUUGCACCCUUUUUUAUGUAAAAUAAAAGAUCUCUCCACCUUG